UCCGACGUCCAGACAAGAAAUGCUUGAAAGGAUCCACCGUCCAUUUGAGUGGAGCACCGAACCGUACAUACUCCUGCACCGCACUGGAUCAUUCAAUAAAAAUCUGGGUCUUUCGAUAACCAGGAUUGAUCAAUGAGGGUUCGAGAGAGAUGAUGAAGAAAAUUGAAAGCGAAAUCAUGGAGAAGACGAAGCAGCUUCUGGAAUUGAGUCAGGAGGAAGCGAACGCCGUCGAGAAACUCGACGUCCGGCCGAGGAAAGCCGGAGAAUCAUGCUUCUAUACUUUCUUCGCUCUCAGAGGCAUCCGAGUCGACCGCUCCGAACCAGGGCUCGUCGUUUGUACCCUAAAGGUCCCUCCGCGCCUCACAGAUCGAACGGGGAAACUGUCUUCAGGUGCGAUCGCAAACCUAGUGGAUGAAGUCGGUUGCGCCGUAAUCUAUGAUGAAGCCCUACCGGAGCCGGUUUCUGUCGACAUGUCGAUUUCGUAUAUGUCGACUGCCGACGUCGAUGAUGAAUUGGAAAUAGUGUCGAGGCUCUUAGGGCAGAAAGGGCGUUAUUCUGGAACCAGUGUGGUUAUUAAGAACAAAGGGACGGGAGAAAUUGUUGCAGAAGGAAGACACUCGUUGUUCAGCAUACGACCGAUUGUGAACUCUAAACUGUGAAAAUGGUAAGUGCUGCCAUUUUAAUUAUAGAUCGAAAAAAUAUUUUCUGAAUCUGCAUCCUGAUGUUGAGAGAUUUGAACUUAGAACAGCACCUAAGUUGAAAUGUAAUAUUUGUUGUAUAAAUUCUAUUUUGGUUGCUCUCAUUUGAAAUUUCUUAUAUGUUAGUUU